AAUCAUUGAAAAAGUAAUAAAAAUAAAUUCUUUUAUAAUUAUUAAGUCAAGGCUAUUCGAAUAAAAAUGAUUUCUGAAGGUUACGCCUAUUUCGUUAAACAUUUUUUGGAAAAUAUUUAAUACGCAAUAAUAUUAACGAUAAUUGUAUUAUUUUUAUGCCGCAAUUUCAAUAUAAAAAAAUGUUUAUCAGUUUAUGUGACUAACUUCAACGCGUUUUUUCAGUCAAAUAGUUCUAACCAUUGCAACAAAAGUUUCGCAUGCUUAUAGCAAGGAUGCAUAUAGAAUAAUGUAAUCUUUUUUUGUCCAUCUCUUUGACAAUAUUUUUCAAAAUGUUUGUGUUUUAUUAUGUGGAGAUCAUCAAAAAGGAUUGUAGUUGGAUGUAUUCAAUUAAUUAUGCAAUGUGGUCGUAGUAAUCUCGACGUUGACAACGUAGACGAUAUGUCCGAAUAUGAUGUUCAUGAUGUCCCUGUGCAUUUUCAACCGCAAAUCUUCCCUAUGGCUUUGCAACAACGACAAGAGGAAUUUCAACAUAGACCAGAUGCGCCGGGAACAAGAAGACGUUCACCACCAGAAAUCGUUUCAAAGAUGAUUCAAGCUUUGGAAGAAUUAACGGAAACGAAAUCAUUGCCCGCCAUCGACAAGGUGCGCGGUUGUCAUCGACUUACAUUCCAAUCUUCUUUUCAAUUAGUAAACGAAGAAAAUAGCUAAUAUUUAAUAUAACAACGGUGCGUAAAGAUCAUCGUGCGUUAAUAACAUUCGAUGUUGAACUAUCAUUUUAUGCGAACAAAAUAUUUAGAUAUUAUUUUCCUAUCUUUUAUUCCAUCUUUUCAUCUGUUCUUGCGAAUUGUCGAUGUCUUAUUAUUACUUUUUUUUUUAAUUAGCAAUUUUUAUCGGUUUUAAAGUCUAACAAUGUUUUACAUAAAUAAAAAUAAAAUCACAUUUUUAACGUUUAACCGAUCAGCGAAAUUAUGGUAUAGGAAUUAUAUGUAGCGGAUAAAAGUUCAAGACGAUUUUUUUUAAAGAUUAUCGUAUUAUGUUUCAAGUAUCCGCAAAGUAUUAAGUCUUGAGAGUCGUAAAAUUAUACACAAAUAGUAUAAAUGUAUAUCCUUUCAUCGAUUUACGCGGUGCUUUUUAUAUGCGGUAAAUAAUCCCUCCGUUUUUAUGCAGACUUUUUAUACUCUGUAUCAAUUUACGCGAUCUCAUUUUACGCGAUGAGAAAAUAUAUUUUUCCGUGAUCCUUAAUGAUUAAAAGGUUUCUAGAUAUUUCAAGCGAUGAAGAUAAUGAUUUUGUGCAAAUUAAGAAGAUAAGAUUGAUUGUUUCGGAUUACGGUAUAGACACCGAUAACGAAUAGAAUUUAUUUUGAUUUUUCUAAAUUUUCAUUUUUCUUUUUUUAUGAAAUUAUUAUUAUCGGCAACUUUCUGUAGUAUUCUUUUUUCGUAUUGAUAAAUUCUAUGCUGUUUUCUUCUACGGAAAAAAAAACGUAUGGAACGAACACUACGCGUAAAUCGAAAGAAGGAUGUAUAAUUAUAAGAAUAUUCUGUUAAUCGUUGAUAACGUAUCCUUCAGAAAGGAUUAUCGUUUUAAACUUUUGUCCUCUACUGUAUAUUAUCAAAAUUAUUAUUAUCUCAUUACGAAGCGUAAUGAAUGAAAGAGAAUCAUAUAUUUUUCUAAAUGU